AUGAAAGAGGUUGUACAGGACCCAAUGGAUGUUGUGCAUAAGAUGAUGGAAAUAUCAAAAUUAGAAGUCACAAAACAGAACUUAAACUCCCUGAACUUGGACCUUGAAAAGGACCUACAGAGACUGGAUGAGGCAAAUCAGGUUCUUCUCAGAAAAAUUCAAGAGAAAGAAGGAACUAUUCAAAGUCUAGAAAGAGAGAUUGCUCUGUCAGUAGCACAAGCCCGAGAAAGGGAGGAGCUGGGUCACAUCAUAUCCGAGAAGGAGGAAAUCCUCAGGGACCUGGAAUUAGAGACCGCAAAUCUGGAAAAAAGUAACAAGGUUCUAGGCAAGAGUGUGAUGGAGCUUCAGAAGAAGGUUUCAAGAAUGAAUAAGAAUCUUGACCUUGCUAAAGGAACCCUAAAGCAGGCGUUGACAGAAUUGAGGCUGAAACUACAAGAGUCAACAGAGUCCUGUGCAGAACAAGCAAAGGAACUGGCCAAGAUAGAGAGCGACUACCAAUCUGUGUAUGAACUUUGUAAGGAUCAGGCCCAUUACAUAAAGAAAUACCAGGAAAUUUUGAAGCAGAUGGAAAAGGAGAAGGAUAUGCUACUUCUUGAAAAAGAAAUAGUCAAGGCCCAGAACAACUCUGCCCAAACAGUGAGACCUGGGUUAAUUCUGGUGGAGACCAUCCAAAGCAACGUGGAGCAGACCAUCAUUAAGAAACAGAAAAGAAUCUUCAGUACUGGUAAGUAUCUAUGGUGUCUUGUCUUCGUGGUCAUGAUCUUCAUCAGGUUGCUGGGCUAUGUGCUUUUCCAGCUGCAGUAUAUAAACUCAGACAUCCUUGUGGAUGCCCUGCCCAUGGUGAUGAGCAGGAAGACCUUGAAGAGGCUGAGGGACAUCUUAUACCCUGUCCUCACUCUAGAGGUGGAAGAAGUUCUACCUCACUAGUCUGGGGUCCCUGUGUGGCUUUGAACUGCUCCUGGGGGAGAGGGGGCAUGACAAA